AUGCGGCCUAUCCUCCUUCAAGGCCAUGUUGGUUUUCCCCGCGAGUUCGAUCGUGAUCGAAACGUCGUCGCUAACCGGAUUUCUUUGCCCAAGGACAAGGUCCUCUGCGUGUGGUUCUCCGCCAACGGCGAGCGUCUCGGAACCUAUCACGGCCACCAGGGUGCGUUGUGGACAGUCGAUGUCAGUCCGAACUCGGUCCUGGUUGCCACGGGCUCGGCGGACAACACGGUGCGGUUAUGGAACGUCAAGACGGGCGAGUGUGUCAAGGUGUGGGAUUUCCCCACCGCCGUGAAGCGCGUUGAGUUCAGUCCCGACGGCAGCAGGCUGCUCGCCGUCACGGAGAAGCGCAUGGGCUACUUGGGCACCAUCGUCGUGUACGACAUCCGCUACGGCGACGGCGAGGGGAACAACCUGGACGACCAGACCGACGAGCCCAGCUUGAAGAUCACCUGCCACGAGAGCAAGGCCACGGUCGCGGGAUGGAGCUACCUGGGCAAGUAUAUCAUUGCGGGGCAUGAAGACGGCAGUGUCAGUCAAUAUGAUGCGAAGACGGGUGAGCAGCUGCAGAAUGUCCAAGCCCACGAAUUCGACUAUCAGAUCAACGACAUUCAGUUCUCCGCCGACCGCACAUACUUUAUCACGGCAUCCAGAGACAAGACCGCCAAGAUCCUGUCCUCCCGCAACCUCGCCGUCUUGAAGACCUACACUGCCGACACUCCUCUGAACACGGCCGCUAUCACGGCGAAGAAGGACUACGUGAUCCUCGGCGGUGGCCAGGCCGCCAUGGAAGUGACGACGACGUCGGCGCGCCAAGGCAAGUUCGAGGCGCGUUUCUACCACAAGAUCUUCGAGGACGAGAUCGGCCGUGUGAAGGGCCACUUCGGUCCGCUGAACACCAUCGCCGUCCACCCUGCGGGCACCGCGUACGCGUCUGGCGGAGAGGACGGAUACGUCCGGGUGCACCACUUUGACAAGCCGUACUUUGACUUUAUGUACGAGGUCGAGCGGGAACAGUUGAAGCGGUAG